AUGGAAACGGAUUGUGGUUCAAAAACAAAUGAAAUUGAGGCCCAAGAGUUGGAUUUACAUUUAUGUAUAAUUUGUCAAAGGAAAAAAAACGAAAAUCUAGUUGAAAAACCCGAAGCACAUGAAAAAGUGUGGGUAUCGAUCGAGGAAUGGAGUAAAUAUGGCAAUCUUCAGUACACAGAAGUGUGGAAUAAGUUGAGGUUUACUUCUGUCCAGGAGCUUGAGGAUGGGCGGGCAUCAUGGCAUAGAUCAUGUUAUAAAGAUGCAGUACAUGCUGGGAUACUUAGACGAGCAAGAGAAAGGUAUGAGAGGCAGCUCGAAGGCCCCAAUGAGUCCAGACGAAAAUCACGACCAGGUUCAUCAGUAGAAAUUCCUCAACUAACCCGUUGGCAAACGUCUCCCUACAAUAAGAAUGUCUGUUUUUUUCUGCGAUGGCCCACCCGGUUACCGUAAGAACCUGCAUAAUAUUAGUACCUUUUCUGCUGGUGAGUCCCUUCGCACUGCCAUUGGGAUGUCAGGGAAUGAUAAGCUCUCGGUUAAGCUCAACACAUCAAUUUCUCCAGAUGAUGCGCAUUCGAUAGAUAUAAAGUACCACAAAAACUGUUGGGCAAUUCAUGUAUCGCACGUUUUACGAAGAGAAACAUCCGAAUUAUCAUCUGAGAAGUUGGCUGGUGAGAUUGCAGCACAAAUAGAAUUCCUGACAAUGACGGAGAUGACUCUGAGGAGGGAAAAGUGGCGACUAUGUCCGAAUUACAAGAUGCUUUUGAAAGCAUACUAG